AUGGGGGCUACUCAACGUCAGAUAGCCAGAACCUUCAACUGCUCCCAGACCACCAUCAGCAAGUUGAUAAUCCGCUACCAACAGACAGGACAGACUCAAGACCGGGCAAGAUCGGGAAGACCGAAAGUGAAAACAUCGGCCGAGGACCUACCGAACCUUCCGUGGAAUGGCCUUGAACCGUCUACACCGUCAACGCAGUCUGCAAUGGGCACGAACUAUGAAAAACAUAACUACUCGGAGAGUUCUCCACACGAUAAGAAAAACAUUUCAGAAACCAAGCCACUUCACAAAGCAUGUCUGGAAGGGGAUCUUGGUCAAGUGAAGCGCAUCUUGUCAAAGGGUCAGGUGGAUAUCAAUAGUAGAGGAAAGGAACACGGCAGGACACCUCUCAUGAUAGCGGCCCAUGGGGGAUAUAGAGAAAUCUUUGACUUUCUAAAAGGUGAAGGAGCUAAUAUAUCACAAAUGGAUGAUGACCGUAAUAACAUCCUACACUUGACCUGCCGCAGUGGAAAGGUGGAGAUGGCAAGGUAUAUCAUGUCACAGAACAUUAUUGAUGUUAACAGUAGAGGCAAAAGUGGGAGGACAUCAGUGAUGAUUGCGGCAUUGUGGGGGCAUAAACAAGUGUUUUACCUACUUAUCAGUAAAGGAGCAAACGUGUCGCUUGUCGAUCAGAACAGUGACAACAUUCUUCAUGUUGCCACUAUUGGGGGACAUGUGAACAUAAUGAAGUUUGUUCUCUCGAAGGAAAUUGCUGACAUUGAUAGUAGAGGGAAGUUCGGAAGAACCCCACUGAUGAGAGCGGCAUAUUAUGGCCACAUAGAUGCGUUUGACUUUCUAGUGUGUAUGCAAGGUAAUGUAUCACUAUUGGAUGAUGGCAAUUGCAGCCUUCUUCACGUAGCAAUUACUGGAGGUCAUGUGCAGAUGGUUGAGUAUCUUCUGUCACAGAACUUUGAAGAUAUGAACACUAGAUGGGCGUAUGGGCGGACGUCGUUGAUGAGUGCGGCGUUUUAUGGACACAGAGAAAUUUUUGAUCUACUUGUUAGUAAAGGCAGUGAUGUUUCUCAUGUGGACGAUAAUGGUGACAACAUCCUUCAUCGGGCCUGUAUCGGGGGAUAUGUGAAGAUGGUGCGUUAUCUUCUAUCACAGGAAAUAGUAGAUAUCAACAGUAGAGGAAGGUUUGGGCGGACGUCAUUGCUGAUUGCGGCAUAUUUUGGACAUAGGGAAGUGCUGAACCUACUUUUGAAUGAAGGCGGUGAUGCUUCCCUGGUUGAUUCUGCAGGUGACACCAUCCUCCAUCUGAGCUCUCUUAAGGGACAUUUAAAGAUUGUAAAGUAUGUCUUGUCUCAUGACAUUGUGGACAUAAACAACAGGAACAAUAAGAAGAAUACGGCUGCCAUGAUAGCAAAGCAAAAAGGGUAUCAUGCCAUUUAUGACCUUCUUGUGGCGCGAGGCAGUAAGGCAAAUUAA